AUGGAGGGGCCGGAGGAGGGGCAGAAAGUCACUCGCAGGGCGGGCGCGGGUGCAGCCAUGACGUCGCGCUCCAUGGCUAGCCGCCGCGCCUGCGAGUCUGCGCACUCGGCGCCCGCAGACCUGAGCCACGACCAUCCACGCGACGUAUAUCAACUAAGAUAUAGACAGACAGAAGAUACAGGCUGGCAGGGUAUAGCAGAGGACAAGCUUCUCGGAGUAAACAAUGGCUUCUUGCGCGCCAGCGUCUCAGCAGCACGUAUCCCGGAGUCUCUCAUGGCGCACUCAGACGAAGAGUACAGUGCCGCGGGCUCGGAGGACGAGCUGGACGAGAAUCUCGAGGAGGAGGACGAGGACGAAGACGAUGUCGAUGUUGACGUGCGUACGGCUGGCGGCCGGCGGAGAGACCGGGGCAGGGCCAGCAGGAGCAAGAAGAAAAAGAAGAAGCGCGACGGAGCAGAGUGGGAGGUAGCCAGGACGUGGGAGACGCUGGUCGAGGGCGCGGACGGGACUAUCAGUGCGACUGUAGAUGGGCUGCUGGAAGCUGGCAAGAGGAAGCGGUUGCUUAAAGAUACUACACCCUUACAGCGAGGUAUCAUUCGACAUCUCAUACUCGUUCUCGAUCUUUCCUUUGCCAUGGCGGAGAAGGACCUUCGGCCGACCAGAUACCUCCUCACGCUCCGGUAUGCGCAAAAGUUCGUGCUCGAGUUCUUUGAGCAAAACCCCAUCUCCCAGCUGGGUAUCAUGGGCAUGAGGGACGGGGUUGCAGUGCACAUCAGUGAUAUGAGCGGGAACCCGACAGAACACAUACUAUCCCUCCAUGCGUUGCGGUCAGAGGACCCAAAGGGCCUGCCGAGCUUGCAGAACGCCCUCGAGAUGGCCCGCGGAUCCCUAUACCAUACUCCAACACACGGCACACGAGAAGUCCUGAUCGUCCUCGGUGCCCUCCUCUCCUCAGACCCAGGAGACAUCCACCAGACAAUCACCUCCCUGAUCGCCGACAAGGUACGGGUAGGCAUCAUCGGUUUGGCCGCCGACGUAGCCAUCUGUCGCGAGAUUUGCGCCAAAACAAACGACGGCAAUGACUCCAGCUACGGCGUCGCCAUCGACGAGAAACAUCUCUGGGACCUCCUGCUGGCCGUCACCACUCCACCGGUAACUUACUCCCAGCGCUACUCGUCCAGUUCCCUCCUGAUGAUGGGCUUCCCUUCACGCACCGUAGAAUCCUUCCCGUCGCUCUGUGCAUGCCACUCCAAACCCGUCAGAGGCGGCUACAUGUGUUCCCGGUGCGGAAGUAAAGUAUGUUCGCUACCUGCCGAAUGUCCAACCUGCGGCCUCACGCUUAUCCUCUCCACCCAUCUGGCGCGAUCAUACCACCACCUCUUCCCGCUGAUCAACUGGGUCGAGGUUCCGUGGAAGCGAGCGUCGAGAAGUAUCAGCUGUUUCGCAUGCGGCAAUGCCUUCCCUCCCGUCCCGCCGCGAGAGAGAUGGGACAGACGAGAAGGAUCCGUCAAGGGUAUGAGCGUCAGUAGCAGAUACGAAUGUACAGUGUGUCAGCACCAUUUCUGCAUCGACUGUGACGUCUUUGCUCAUGAAGUUGUGCAUAACUGUCCCGGCUGCCAGAGUGGUAAGCCCAUGGGUGCUGGUCUGGCUGCUGAAUCGGCGGCAGAGUCUCAUGCAAACGGCCACCUUCAAUCUAGCAACGGUGGAGAUGCAAUGGAUACUGGCUAG